GUCAGAGCAGUCAAAGCAGUCAGAGCAGUCAGAGGAGUGUGAUGAGGUAGUGACGUGAGGAUGGCGUCAAAGAAGAGGCGAAAGUCCAAGGCCUGCGACUAAAGCGUAGCACAUAAGUGUAUGCAUGGUCGCCGGCGGCAACUUGACAGGGCGGGCCGGUCGACGUCGGACGCGUCGGAAUUGCGCUGAGCAACUGGACCGACCACAGUAUCGCUUGGAAUGGUAGCUUGAAUCUCUCCUGCUGUACGAGUCGAACGUCUGAGGAGCUGUCAACGGCGGCGGCUCAUCACGGCCACCAUGACUGAGAUCUCGGGCCCUUUAUGGUCGCUGCCGCUAUCGCUACCGACGAAUCAGCCGCUGCUGGACGCCGCUUGGCCGAAAUGGGAUUGGAUCAUUCACUCAUUCAUUUGCAUCAUCACCGUAUCUGGCAGAACUUGUUCAUGGACUUGCACUCAAGUCAUGGUAUAGAGUUGUGAUAUUGUCACUGUUCAGCCUUCACGAUGGUCACAGAGAGCCAAAGCCCAGAUAUUGGUGUUCACGGUCUAAUCUCGACUGCUUUCACUGAAUUGGGUCACCUUCGAGUCAUAACUUUGCUCAUUCAAUAUCCGUCCAUUGACAAGAUACCCUCGCCCACGAAUCUCCGAGAACGUAUCAGGCAAUUGUCUGUCAUCCACCCCAUCCUCGGUGCGAAACAGAAGACGGGCAAAGAUGGAAAGGCGUAUUUGGAACCUUCGGACGAACAGCCAAAAGUUUAUCGAUGGGAGUACGAGCCAGAUGGACUACCCGAGCACGACAUCAUCUCCCAUACUAUACUUGAUAGAGCAUUCAACAAGGCUCUGAGAGACAUGAAGGAUUUGAACAAUCUUCGGAUCCAAGUCGAUCACAUAAUUCCGCCAGAGACCACCGACCCGUUCCCCAGUUUCAUCGCCAUCUCUGCUGAUCACACCUUGGUUGAUGCUGCUGGACUCAAGACGUUUGCCCAGCAUAUUCUAAACUCCAAGCUCGACAUCUCCUCAUCCUUGGAGAAAGAGCCAUUCUAUCCUCACCACGUAGAGGACUUGAUGGAUUUCGUGCCUGAAGGACCGCUCGACAUGCCAGUACCGGAUCAUUGGCCCAUGAACUGCUCGAAUCCGAUGAACGUACCUGGAGCUUUCUCUCACCACGACUAUCCCUUGUCCAUUCUUGAGAGAGUCAAAUCUCAAGGAAAGCGACAUGGGAUCCCGACGCUAAAUCCAGUUCUGGAACUGGCCUUUCUCACGGCUCUGACCAGUGUCGUCCCGGAGACAGAGAAUCAGGUGCUCAAUUGUUACACCAUGACGGACGAGAGGCCAGGCCUUGGUUCAAAAGCGCCUAAAUGGAGCCAUAAUUACUUUUCCGUCCCAUCUUCGAAAAGGACCAUCUUCCCCCUGGACAAGACUGAUUUCUGGGCAGCGGUCAAGAUCCAGGUGGAAACUACCAAAGACGAGGCUUAUAUCCGAGGUGGCAGAUACGGAGCGGGUUUCGUGAAGGCCAUGCCUUCACCCGUCAAGGACAUCCUGGCCGGUAAAGUGAUAUCUGAAUCACCUUACUUUGGAACCAUAUUCUUCUCCAACCUAACUCGAGUUGAUCUACCCGAGGGAGCGAAUGAUAUACGGUGGACGGCGGCUGCUACUCCAUUCCUGGCACCUAUGAUCGUCAACUUGAUUGGAAGUUCUGCGGGUUUAAGGGUGACCAUAGCCUUCAGGGACGGAGCGGGUCUCACAGCAAACCAGGCGGAUGCCAUCGGAGUAACCUUUGGUCAGGUACUGGAACGUCUUGCAGAGGGAGAGACUGGGACGUUGGCCACCCUGGGACGGCAGUAGAUUACUAGAGAAUAGCGCGUCAGACCGCGUCAUAAACAUCAUGCAUAUCA